GGACACGAGUCCUGGGUGCAACGACCAAAAUUACCACAUCCCGCCCAAGAGUACCACCCCUCACCGCAGUGCCACAGACACAAGGCCAGACCACAGCUCAAAAAGUUUCCAAGAAGAUAGGACCCCGGUGUUCCACAACUAUUGCCACAGUGUUGAAGAACCAGAAGCCAGUUCCUGCUGUUCCUGUCCAGAAGCCUGGAACUGUUCCUCCCAUGGUGGGAGGGAAGAAACCCAGCAAACGUCCAGCCUGGGACUUAAAGGGUCAGUUAUGUGACGUAAAUGCAGAACUAAAACGCUGCCGUGAGAGGACUCAGACAUUGGGCCAAGAGAACCAGCAGCUUCAGGACCAGCUCAGAGAUGCCCAAGAGCAGACCAAGGCCCUGGGGACAGAGCGCAGGACACUGGAGGGGCAGUUAGCCACGGUGCAGGCCGAGGCUGAGCAGGGCCAACAGGAGCUGAAGAAGCUGCGUGCUCGUAUUGUGGAACUGGAAGAGCGGCUAAGCACGCAGGAGGACUUGGUGCAAGAGCUUCAGAAAAAACAGGUGGAAUUGCAGGAGGAACGGAGGGGACUGACAUCCCAACUAGAGGAGAAGGAGAGGAGGCUGCAGACAUCAGAAGCAGCUCUGUCAAGCAGCCAAGCAGAGGUGGCAUCUCUGCGGCAGGAGACCGCAGCCCAGGCAGCCUUACUGACUGAGCGGGAAGAACGUCUUCAUGGGCUAGAAAUGGAGCGCCGGCGACUGCACAACCAGCUGCAGGAACUCAAGGGCAACAUCCGUGUGUUCUGCCGGGUCCGCCCUGUCCUUCCUGGAGAGCCCACUCCACCCCCUGGGCUCUUCCUGUUCCCCUCUGGCCCUGGUGGGCCCUCUGAUCCUACAACCCGCCUUAGCCUCUCCCGGUCUGACGAGCGGCGUGGGACCCUGAGUGGGGCACCAGUCCCCCCUACCCGCCACGAUUUUUCCUUUGACCGGGUAUUCCCCCCAGGAAGUCGACAGGAUGAAGUAUUUGAAGAGAUUGCCAUGCUUGUCCAGUCAGCCCUGGAUGGCUAUCCAGUAUGCAUCUUUGCCUAUGGCCAGACAGGCAGUGGCAAGACCUUCACAAUGGAGGGUGGGCCUGGGGGAGACCCCCAGUUGGAGGGGCUGAUCCCUCGGGCCCUGCGGCACCUCUUCUCUGUGGCCCAGGAGCUGAGUGGCCAGGGCUGGACCUACAGCUUUGUAGCAAGCUACGUAGAGAUCUACAAUGAGACCGUCCGGGACCUGCUGGCCACUGGGACCCGGAAGGGUCAAGGGAGCGAGUGUGAGAUUCGCCAUGCAAGGCCAGGGAGCGAGGAGCUCACUGUCACCAAUGCUCGAUAUGUCCCUGUCUCCUGUGAGAAAGAAGUGGAGGCCCUGCUCCAUCUGGCCCACCAGAAUCGGGCUGUGGCCCGCACUGCCCAGAAUGAACGGUCAUCACGCAGCCACAGCGUAUUCCAGCUACAGAUAACUGGAGAGCACUCCAGCAGAGGCCUGCAGUGUGGGGCCCCCCUCAGUCUUGUGGACCUGGCUGGGAGUGAGCGACUUGACCCUGGGUUAGCCUUCGGCCCCGGGGAGCGGGAACGCCUUCGGGAAACACAGGCUAUUAACAGCAGCCUGUCCACGCUGGGGCUGGUUAUCAUGGCCCUGAGCAACAAGGAGUCCCACGUGCCUUAUCGGAACAGCAAACUGACCUACCUGCUGCAGAACUCUCUGGGUGGCAGUGCUAAGAUGCUCAUGUUUGUGAACAUUUCUCCACUAGAAGAGAACGUCUCCGAGUCCCUCAACUCUCUACGCUUUGCCUCCAAGGUGAACCAGUGUGUUAUUGGUACUGCCCAAGCCAACAGGAAGUGAAGACGGAUCCAGAUCUUGUGUGUUGGGUGUGUGUGUGUGUGUUGGGUGAGGGGUGGGAGGGUUGCUGAAGGGUGCUUUAUUGGGUGGAGGGCGCCAUGUCCCAGGGCUAUCAAAUAAAGAAUAAUACUUUUUUUAAAAAAUAAAGGUUUUAAUUAGCAUUUGCCCAAGGAGGCAGAUACUUUCAUAUCUGUAAA